AUGUUCCAAGUCUUUCAUAUCCUCCUCACGCUCCUGCUUGUCGGCCUCGCAACUGCCCAGGGACCAAGUCCUCUAUGUGGAGUGACCAAUCCCGAUGGAAAGACUUCCUACGAGAACGCGAUCGACAUUGCGUUCCCCAAGGCGUUGGCCGAAUACGAUGCUGCCAUUUGUGCGUUCCCCGAGGCUGAUGCGACUCCAGAGGACGUUGAUGGACUAUAUCACGCUUCAAGUGAAUUCUAUCGGAAAUGGCUCGAUAAUUUCGUCUCCCCCUUGUGGUGGGUCGAGACAGAGGUCUUCAGAAACUGCACAACCGCGCCCGCAGCCGUCCAAGCAGUAUACGACUCGACACCGAAAGUAUGGGCGCUUCUACCGCAACUCCGAAAGAUAAUGAACGCACUUUCGCGCUUCGAGCCCCAAAUCCUCGCUCAAGGGCGUCCUGGCCAUAUGGCUAAUUACCAGCCACUUGACUAUCUGGCGUACAACAUGUGGCAUACGACUACCGAUUUGAUUCACCAGAGGAUUGCCAAGGGGGAGAGAACCGCCUUUGAAGAUGCCGUCAGGGAGUACUAUGAGUCCGUUGAAGCUCACCAUAUCUUGGACAAACGAACACGGGUUCUGAGGGAAAGAGAAAUGUCUACGCCUUUGGAGGAAUUCUUCGCCCAGUUUGCUCCCGGAUUUAUCUAUCGGUCUAACCGACCCGCCAACCAAGAGUUUUAUCGACUCUGCGACUGGAAUGGGUGGGAGCGCGAAGAUCCAGAGCGGGAGGAGGCGUACCAACAGUUUCAAGACGCGCUCGUCCAGCAGUUCAACGAGAACUAUGGUACCGAUCAUCAAAAUCUGGAGGCCUGGCAAGGCCUCUGCGCACGCCUCGGUAUACACCCGAUUCCCAGCACCCUCAAGCAGGCAAGGCAGAAAGUGAAAUCGACCCAUGUGAACUUGGUUGAUCUCACCCAGGGCUACGACGGGAGUCGUGAGAUCACCAUUUUCCCAACUGAAUACGCGCUGAGCGAGUAUACCAAGGAUAAUGGACUGUUCUUCCCGAGGGAGAACGCCAACUCGGGUAACCUUCUCAAAUAUCUGUUACGAAAUAUCAUGAAUCCAGGUGCCUCGAGGGGUGGGCACCACGGAAGAUCUCGCCGACGCCGAGGCGGAGGAAGUUCGUGA